GGCCCACCAGGUCUACCGGAGGCCCGGAGUAUUCAAACCGCGCGACCCAUGGCUGUUUAGCUACUUAUUCAUUAAAUCCAACGGGUCAAAUAAUCCUUAUCUUCUUCUUCGCAUACAAACUUGCCAAUUUACUAUCAAUUAAGAUAAUAAUGCUCGGAAACCCGGUUAUAAUUGGGGGAUUUGGAAUUGGGGCGGUGAAUUUCGGCCCAAUAUCAACAAAUCCGACAAUCUCAUAUCACCGGUUAAUCGGAGCUCCGGCGAAAUUCCGGCGGCUUACUUUAGCAGACACUCUUGUCAGGAAGGGCAAAUUGGCUGUUUGUUGUAUUGCUUCUGCUCCCUCUGCUAUUGGCAACACAAAAUAUGACCGUCUGUUGCCAUAUGUUCCAACGAAACACCCACCUAGAGUUGAACACUUGGUUGUCUUAGAAGCAAGCCCUGUUUGUGAUUACAUUAGCAGAACUUUGAACCUCCCACCUCUGUAUGUUGCUGAUCUUAUCCAUUUUGGAGCUGUUUAUUAUGCACUCGUACAUCCUAAGCCUCCGGCAACUGCAACUCCAGAGCAGGUUCAAGUAUAUGAAAAAUUUACUUCACCUCAUCUUCUAAAACAGAGGCAGUCACUUGAGGGGAAAACUGUUUCGGAAGCACAAAAGACCUUCCGUAUAACUCAUAUCGAUCAACAUGUUGAAGUUGGAACUUACUUGCGCGUAUAUGUACAUCCAAGACGCUUCCCAAGGUGCUAUGAAAUCGAUUGGAAGUCGAGGAUUAUAGCUGUUAUGGAAUCUUAUGUGAUUCUGGACAAGCCUGCUGGCACUUCUGUAGGAGGAACUUCCAACAAUAUAGAAGAAACUUGUGCGAACUUUGCUACUCGUGCUUUGGGAUUGACUAGUCCGCUCUUGACUACACAUCAGAUUGAUAACUGUACUGAAGGAUGUGUUGUGAUGGCCAGAACGGAAGAUUACUGUUCUAUUUUUCAUGAAAAAAUUAGAGAUAAGAAGGUCAAGAAAUACUAUCUUGCCCUUGUUGCAGCUCCAGUAUCGUGUGGGAUAAUCACCCAUUACAUGCAACCGGCAAAGCUUGCUCCACGUAUAGUUUCUGAAGAAUAUGUGAAAGGAUCUCAGUUAUGUCAGCUUGAAGUUUUGGAUUGCAAAGAAGUUCCUUGGCCAAACUCUAUAAUUGAAGAGAAGUAUCAAAUCAAUGACUGCGGAUGGCCUGCCAAGAAUUUUGCUUAUGAAUGUAAAAUCAAUCUUUUGACUGGCCGAACUCAUCAGAUUCGAGCACAACUUGCUGCUUGUGGGGCUCCUUUAAUAGGUGAUUCAAUGUACAUGCCAGCCGCACUUGCAGAGUUAACAAAUCCUGGAGUUUUUCCCUUUGGUAAAUACAAAAGAGAAUAUUCACGUGAGGAUGACAAAAGAAUUGCUAUUGAGAAUUGGAUAUCUCUGCACGGAAAGGAGCCAAGUUUGGCUAUCGGUCUUCAAGCAAGUCAAAUAUCAUGGGAUGAUGAUAAGUACGUUUAUGAAGCUGGAUCACCUUGGUGGAGAUGAGGACAUAUUCAGGGGUCUGUUGCACUCGAAGAACUUAAAAUUUCUUGUUGAUGAAGCCGGGUUUGGCUGAUGUUGGAUUCCAUUGUUUCUGGUCUUCAGUUUUCAAGGUUACAUGUCAAUGCUUCUGCAUGCAUGGUAGGCUAUAACGGCUGCUGUUUGUUUAUUCUUCUCUACCUGUGGACCUGUUGUUGUGGAAUGUUUGCAUGCACUUAUUGUUUGCCCCUAAUCAAACAGCUUAUGCUGUGAAUGUGAAAAGUAGGAACGGUUAAUUGUGGCAUGCUGUCAUUGGCUUUGGGGUUAAUGAUGUAUCACGAUGUAUGAUAAUCUUACACCAAUUAAGCUAUUAGCAAACAGAAGAUUGGAUGCAGGAAGUUUCUAUUACCUCGGAAUUACAUACUUGAAACAGAACUGUGAACUUCAAAGUCUCAAAACAAGUUACCAGAAAAGAGAACUCCUAAUAAGACAGCUUAAGACCUGAAGACAAAGAGUGAUAUAUAGCCUUUGUGGAAAAGUCUGUUCAUUGCAUCUUAACACGACAUCAGGAAGGAUUUUCAACUAUACCUGAUGUUUGUGUUUGGGUUUGUCAGAGGAUGAGGUCAAGCUUCUGUAUACUAUUGUAACUGAAGGAAGUAAUCUGUAAAGAUUACAGAUGUAUUGUUUCAAGUAAUUUGCUAUAAGUUGACUUUGACUUUAAUGUACUCCUACAUUUUAAAUUUACCUGUUAUUUGAAUUAAUGAUACUAACAGAUGCCAUAACUGUCUGUCUCACAAAUCACCAAUGCCGAAUAUUUAAAUAUU